AUGGACUGUGGAAAUACCGGGACCGCUGCGGGGAUCGACCCCAAAAUUUUGGACAAUUGGCAAACCGAGGGCGCCUUUUCUGUCGCCUCAUGGGAACAUUUGGGUUAUGACCAACCCCCCGAGUGGGACACCAGCCAGGAAUCGAGCCAGUGUGAUGCGGAUAUCGCGGACUUAGGUACCUUCCAUGGUCCAUUGGCCGGUGAAUUCCGUCGUCUGGGGAACAGAAAGCACGAUGUAGCACCCGAGAACUUGAACUACCCCGAUGGCUUUGUCGAGGGCACCGGCAGUGGUACACUUAGCCCCAAGACCAUCCCAUCUUCCGCCGACGAGAAUUACACUUCGGACGAGGCUUGGCCACACUUUCAACUGUACAACUCAGUGAACGUGCCGAUGGAUGCCUCUCUUCUCUACCCCUACGCGAAAGGACCGAGCCACUCGAAUGGCGCUGUCAUAGUCGAUGAUGUCGGAGAGAUGCCUCACGGUGGUUUCUCGGAUGCCCCGGCAGAGGGUAUCAUGUCGUUCCAGCAGAUUCCACAGUCCUUUCCCAUGAUCCCCCAGGAGUGGAAUGAAGCUCAAAAUAGCAUUCCGGAUAAUAUGUCUCUGCAGCAAGACUCCAUACCACUCUCUGUGAAUGCGCAGGAGAGCCCCAAGGAUCACUCUCUGCGGGGGUUCCAGACUUCGAUCAGAUCGCUGGAAUCGCGAUGGCUUAAUAGUCUGGAAUCCCCACUUCCCACUCGACGGAUCACGCCAGUCUCUCAAACUGCGGGCAUACGAAACCCACAAAUGGGACAGGAGUUCCAAUUCAAAUCUGAAAACUCUUCAGUGUCGGGCGAUUUGUCGGGGAUAUACGAGUGCUCCUACUCCGCCACUAGCGAAGAGGCCCCGGCAAUUGCGGAUCGUCAGUUGGAAGACGACGAUGUCCAAUGGAAGACCUCCCCGCAUGAUUCUAGUUCACCGGAGGGGUCGCAACCGGCGUUCAAAACCACUGCCUUCAUGGUGAGUGAGGCCCCCCUGGAGUCGCUAGUCUCCAAUGUUGCCUCUGGAUCAAGGGCUUCAUCGACUGCUGGCCAUCGUGCCGGUCGACCCGCACCACUUGCCAUGCAAACAUUGGCUACAGUCAAGAAACGCAAGGCCAGAAACCUGGCGUCAAUGGACCAGGGCAUCACAAGGCCGUUGCAAAUUGUCCAGGAGGAUGGCCAAGGCGGCUCCAUUGCCUCUGCAGACUUUGUCUCACCCCCACGUGGCGCUCGUCGCAAGGGUCCAUUGAGUAUGGUUGGACGGGCCAAUGCAGGCCUCCGCCGGAAAAACAAGGAUACUUGUGUUCAGUGUCGAUUGAACAAGCGCAAGUGUGACGGAAGCGCCCCUUGCGAUGCUUGUCGCCCCACACUUCAUGAGCAGCCAUGCGCUCGUGCAUGCUUCUCCAGUAUUGUCGAGUUUGGAACCUGCAAUUACAUCUCCCAACGAGCUGUCAACCACCCUACCAUGGAUGGUUCCAACCGAGUCCGGAUGGAGAUUCCAUCUGAAUUUGACCUCAGUCAGCUCUUGUCUUUGCUCGCCGAGCGCCAAGGGCGGUUCAACAUCCGUGCCAGCCAGGCCUGGGGCUCUCUAUAUGUCCUAGACCUGGGAGAGACCUACAGGUUCCUGAAAACCCUGAGCGAGUAUAACGGCAACUCCAAGUCCACUUUCCUAGAGUUCAUCGACCGACGAAUUGUCGACUCCAAGGACAAGUCUAAGAACUGGCUUUCCUGCCUUGUGGACUGUGACCCAAUGAACCAAGCCUAUACCCUCCUCUCCCAGUGGCACAACAUGCCUAGUCGCGCCAAAUAUAGCUUCGUGUCCCUCGACCCAACAGGCGAGGAACGAACAAUGGACAUUAACAACCCAGAAGACCAACGAGAGAUCCUUCUCGCAGCUCAACUCUCCCGAAUCUUCUGUCGCAUGCUUGAAGUCGAUGGCUUCCGCAAGCUCGAACGCGACUUCUACAAUAUCAAGUGGAAGCAGAUCUCCCACGAGACACACGUACGCUUCCUCGGCGAGCUCGGCCACAUCCUGCUGACGCUACGAUGGCGCGUGAGCUGGUGGAAGCGACUCGGCGACGGCGGCAAGACCCCGGAUCCCACGCAGCAGCACUAUGUCGACCGCGUCGAGCUGCUCUGUCGCAUCCUCUACGUCUAUUACACCUGUGUGAUGGCGAAGCUGCCCUCCUGGUCGGCGGCCGAUGUCCCCAAGGGCAUCUGGUCAACGUAUGCUGACUCGGAGAAUGCCAUCUGGGAUGAUUUCCCUUCGGACUCCAGUGAUAGCGGCUUCCAAAGUUGGAUGGAGCGUGGCCAUGACCUGAUUGAGCAGGCUGGCGUUCCGAGCCGCAUCUCGAAAUUUUGA